AUGGUGAAUUUGUUCAACUUUGGAGACUUAUCUCCUGAUAUCGGAUUUGGGAGAUUAGAAUCCGAUGUCCCUCUUCGAUUCCUUAAAGGAAGAAGAAGAAGCUUCGAAUUCCGUAGUGUCUCCGACAACGUGCUCAGAGGGCCACAGAUCCACGCUCUUCCUCCGAACCAAGCAAGGCGGCUCUAUCUGCUUGCUCUGCUUCUCCAACCUCAUCUCCAACCCCCAAUCGCCCACCGUCCACGUGUCCUGCACCCUCUCUCAGCUCUCUCAGGCCAUCUCCUCCGACCCCCCUUUCCUCCGCUCUCUCCUCGCCUUCCACCCUCACUUCCUCGUCUCGCCUCUCGUUCAUGCUCCCUUCCUUCGCCGACGACACCAUCGCACGACAAGUCGUCCAUCUCAUUUCUGCUCUCUGUGAAUCAGCCGCUGCCUCGCUCUCUGCUGACUUCGUCGCUAGGGUUUCCUUCUGCCUCUCUUCUGGUGCCUUGGCCUGGAGUCGCCGUCAGCUUUAUACGCUUAAACUGCCAGCAGAAUAAUCCUUACGCUCACAUUAGAGACAAGUAUGGCCUCAUUACCAAUCUUCAAGGUCUUGAAUUGCCUAGUAAAGAUAUUCGGGGAGAAAUCCUGUUUGUUCUAUACAAGGUAUCUAUUCUCCAAUACGCAUCAGAGGUUGGUGAUGGAACUGAUUUUUCAUUUGCCUUUUGCCCCAAGCUAUUGCACUUGUCUCUAGAGGCCCUCAUGAAGACCCAAAGCGAUGAUGUCCGCUUGAAUUGUGUAGCGUUCUUGACAGUGAUGACUCAGACUCAGAGAGGAGUUUUUGGGGCUGCAUUUGCAGUUGAUUUAAACAGCAUGAGUUCAUCCAAAGGAGAUAGCUUUGAGCAAGCAACAUAAGAUGGACAAAAUGUGAAUCCAAUGAAUAUAUUGUUUACGGAGGCCAUCAAAGGCUCACUGCUUUCAACAGACAGCCAAGUCCAGAUCAGCACACUGGAUUUACUGUUUAAUUACAUGGCCUCCUGGGAAGGCACUUCAGGCAAAGAAACGCAAGUCCUAAUGGAAGAAAACAUUGCAGAUAUGUAUUUGAAAUACUGAGAUUGUCAGGCAGCAUAUUAAAAAGAGAGAGAAUGCAGUUAUUUUACACAUUGCAGGCCUGCAGAAAACAGAAGUACACUAACAACAGUCAAGAUGAAAUUGCAAAAGAGCAUAAAAAAAGGCGGUCGCCAUCCUGGACGACAAGGGAGAAGUUUGCGAGUAUCUCAUUCACUUGAUGUUAUCCAACUCUUGUCUAGACUUCUGGGGGAUUAAAUUUUGGGGAUAAGAGAUUGUUAGAAGAAAUAGAGCUUUUCUUUAAAAAUUUAACAGUAACAGAGGGCAGCUAAGAAAAUCAUACGAGUUUAAUUUUCUUUAUUGAAUCUCCAUUUCUCAUUUCAUUAACUGCUGUGCACAGAGUGAGACACCAGUAGUUAUGUACAGGUGCUUCCCAUUUUGAUCAUUAACUGCACUGAGAGCUUAGAACUGAAGAGACAUUACAGAAUCAAAAUACCCUUUUGUUAAUGUAAAUGCACUUAAUAUUUU